CACGUGAAUCUCCUGGGAGCGUUUAAAUAACACGCAGCCACUGUCCGGGUUACGCACUCAAGCAGCUCCUGCCUUCAAGUUUGUUGUUAGUUGGGAUUUUUUUUCUUUUUUUUUCCUCCGCUGAGCUUCAACCCGCAGCCAGGCAGACGUGAUGUUGGAUACGUUUGGGACGCACACCACCACGGUGGCCGUGCCCAGUGCGGAGCUCCAGCUCAAGGUGCCGGACAAGAAGGUCAGCCUAAAGCCGGCAGUGAUGGGGAUGGACAGCGGGAAGAAACUCCUGGAGAUAACGGGACCUGCUCUGUCAAAAAGGAGAUUCCUGGUGGGAUUAGACCUGCUCUGCCUCUUUGUCGCAUCGAUUCCUUUCUUCGCAUGCGAGCUGAAGGUUGUGAAACCCUUCAAGAGGGGCUUCACCUGUGGAGACCCCAGCAUCACCUACCCUUAUCUGUCCAACGAAGCCAUUUCAGAUAAGCUUCUAAUCGCAGGUGGAAUCAUCAUCACAGGCCUUGCAAUUGCGCUCGGGGAGUGCUACCGGGCGCGCUUCCACGGCGUCAGCUCCAAAUCAUUCGUGAGGAACCUGUACGUCUCCUGCCUGUACAAGGAGCUGGGCUCCUUCCUGUUCGGCUGCUGCGUCGGCCAGUCGCUCACCAACAUGGCCAAGCUCAGCGUCGGGCGGCUGCGGCCUCACUUCCUGCACGUGUGCGGCCUCACAUACGCGUCGCUCAACUGCACGCCGGGAACGUACGUGCCAAAAGUGAACUGUGCCAACCCGGACCACCGAUUAGUGGAAGAGGCCAGGAAGUCCUUCUUCUCUGGCCACGCUUCUUUUGCCAUGUACUCCCUGCUGUACUUAGCGUUCUACCUGCAGGCGCGGCUGACGUGGCGCGGCGCUCGCCUGCUGAGGCCGCUGCUGCAGUUCUUCCUGGUCCUCCUGGCGGUCUACACGGGUCUGACCCGCAUCUCGGACUACAGGCACCACCCGUCGGACGUGCUGACAGGAUACGUGCAGGGGGCCCUCACUGCGUACUGGGUGGCUUUCUACAUCUCGCCGAUGUUCAAAAGCUGCACGUCGGACCUGUCCUCAGCCGAGACGCCGGACGGCCCCUCGUCUCCUCAGCAUACUGUCUGCUGAAAGCCCCACGAGCCAGAGGAGCGCCUGGCAAUUUCCUCUGACAUCACGAGACAUACCUCGGCGUUUUGACAGGGCGAGCAGAAAAAGACUUUCGGAGACAAUCUCUGCAGCUCAUAAAAGAGAGAGAGAGAGAAAAGAAGUGGAAGUGAUUGAGAGGAAGGAACAGAAGGAGACUGAAAACUGCGUCUGUUAUGUAAACAGACUGAGCCCGCGACCUUUUGCCCUUGUGACUGGUCACGCCCGUCCGAUCUGUGAGGUGAGGCUGAAAACAGGAGCCACCAUAACUACGCACCACUUGUACAUGUAAAUAUUUUUAAGGCACAAAGGAUAACGUCAAGGCACAUUUUAUGCCAGUGUUAGUGUUAUUACCACUUUGCAAUGAAUAGAAAGUAAUAUAUAUAUGUAUAUAUAUCAUAUCCUUUUUUUUUUAUAAACGCAGAUUGUAUUAUUUAAGAGUUUUUACAUAAUUUUGUAUGCUGCUGAAUGUAAGCGCUCAUUUUCUCUGCAUGUGUUUGGCCAGAUGUCGCAGGUUUUGUUGUGUCCUAAGAAAACGACUAAUAGACUUCCUAACAGGAUAUAACAUGAAAUACUGAAAGUAUCAGUAGAGGUCGUCUUUGAUGUACACGUGUCAGUGUCGCUAGAAGUAAAAUGUUUUAUAAAUAUUUUGUGUGUUUUGAUUUGUGAUUAUUUUCCUCUUACUGCAAAAAAAAAAAAAGAAAAGUAUUUUUGAUCUACGUUUUAGUGUAAAUAUCUAAGUAACCUUUAAGCAGGACAAAACUAAUUAACAAGUAAUUUUUCUACAAGAUAUUGGAGCUUAUUUUAAAUACAUAACUCCUCAAUAUUGAUGAAAAAGUAUUGUUUCCACUGGCAGAAACUGUCACUAUAGUCACAGUAAAAGUAUCUUGUUAUAAGGGAUAUAUUAUGCCACUGGAAAUAAUGCUUUAUUGUGUGAAAUUAAACUCCAUCAACGCUUCCAAAUAUCUGUAGCUCAUUCUACUAGAAAAUUCACAAAGUGUUUGCAUUUUCAGUUUUAUAAAACGUGAUAAGCAAAUGAUUUUGUACAAUUUUCUACAGGCUGAUAAGAAACAUUAAUGUUUGUACUUAGGCCUGAAUGUCCACAGGAAGGUCUGCUUUGCAAUCUAAACCUUUAGAGUUUCUGAUAUGUUUUGUAAAAACAUAAAGUUUAUAAAGUUCUGCAGAGUGGAUACAUAAAUCUGAUGAAGUACUUUUUUUUUUUUUUAGAUGUAAAGUUUUUUUGCACCUGGAUUAUUGUGUGUG